UAUAAAACGCAUGUGGAGCUCAUUUUCUUUUCAAAAAGAACAUGAUAAUCAAUGUAUUUCUUUGCUUGCUGGGAUGUUUGACGGUGAAUGCAGUACGAAUAAAGCUUGGGGAUGUUGUUCAAGAAAUCACAGAACCCACUUCUGCUCAAGUUUCAAAUGUAAACUGUUCGGAUAACGGAGCACUUGUCUUCAGAGGAGGUGAUCCAACUAGAUUUUUUGGUUCAUUAUGUCUUCCUCCGCCAGGAACGGUAAAACAAUGUGCAGUUUUCAACGCUGGUGCACGUGAAGCGUUUGUGUGUCCACAGAAAAGCUACCUCAAUGGACUCAACUUUGAAGGAGGACUGAGACGGCUCAUAUGUUGUUCAGUGUUUGGAAUUUCCUACAAUGACAAAGAAUGUGGGAGAUGGUUUCGAACGGAACAAAACUUUGUAUCACCGUUUGGGACCGGAUAUUUAGUUACCGGAAGUCAACCAGUUCCAGACGGAAUGGGAGGUUAUCUUGGUUUUGUCAUCAGGGAAUGCCUAUACAUAAGAAGUCACGACAAGUUUAAUUAUCUCAAAGAUAUCAUCCAUUUUAUAAAAUAAAAAAAAUCUUAUUUUUUCAUAUGCAUUACAUUAAAAUCAAUUUUUAAACCUCAGCGUUGAUCUUCAGUUUUACAAUAUACAAAUAAGUAAACCUUAUAAAGCUGAAAUAAUUUAUGUAUAUAGAGAUAGAAGGAUAAAGUCCACCAAGUUUUGUUUCACUAAUGACAGUUCUUCUCUUCUUUUCAUGUAACUGCAUCCCUAUUUUUCUUUGAACAAAAAAAAAUCUUCAAAUUAUAAGUUGUUCGCCUCCCCUGUAA